GUGGGCCAGUUGAAAUUGCUAUCCUAAUUGUAUAGAGGCAAGAAGAAGAAAGAGGUAGGGAGUUGUAUUGUAUGCAUAUAAUAUACAUAUAUAAUAUUAUAUAUAUAAUACAACAGAGCAUACUGUCGAAAAGUAAAGAAAAAAAAAAUUGUAUUUAUCUGUAAGAAGCUUCACGGGUUAGGGUUUUCUCGGGCAGUUUAUCAACUUCAGCUUCGGGUUUAGCUCUGGGUGUGCCAAUUCAGUGUUCAAACUCUGUUCGUCACCGACUCAUCUUGGGGUGUUUGUAGGACUUUUUCAGAGUUCUUUUGGGUCUGUGUAUCCAGUCUUGAGGUAUAGGCUGGUGGUGGCUUGGGACUCGCUAUGAUGGUGAUUAAUGGGUAGUAGAACGGUGAAAAUAGGUGCCCAUGAUGGUAACAAGGUUGUGAACGAGAUGCCGAGCUACGUUCCUCCAGUAUCGUCUUCUAAUCCAAUUGGCACCGAAGGUAGCACUAUCCGUUCUUCUCGAAUUUCAGAUUUUGGAACACUUGAGCAAUCUCUUGGAUUUCGCUUAGAGGAUGCUGUUGAUAUCAGCAGAAAUCCUGUAUUCAAUCAACUUAAGUCGGGCAGCUCAGCGCUGGGUAAUGAUGUUCAGCUUGAUGUUAUAAGCAAGUCUCUUGCAUUGUCAGAUGCAAAUCUGUCUUCUGCUAUUUUGGGGUCUCAAGCAUUGUCAUUACCUAAAGAUUCACAAACAAAACUAGCAUCCGUAUCUGGAAGUCAUCGUGAAAAUUGGGGUGAGUCUAGUAUGGCAGAGGGAAGCCCUAGAACUGACACAUCAACAGAUGACACUGACGAUAAGAAUCAAAGGCAUGAAAGGAAUCAAUUGACUGCUGUCGGAGCUUCUGAUUCCAGUGACAAAUCAAAAGAAAAAGCAGGGGAUCAAAAGACAUUACGCAGGCUUGCCCAAAAUCGUGAAGCUGCAAGGAAAAGCCGAUUACGGAAAAAGGCAUAUGUACAACAGUUGGAAAGCAGCCGGCUAAAGCUAACCCAGCUAGAACAAGAACUCCAGCGUGCCCGCCAACAGGGUAUAUUUAUUUCAAGCUCAGGAGACCAAUCACAUUCCAUGAGUGGAAAUGGUGCCUUGGCAUUUGAUGUUGAAUAUGCUCGUUGGCUGGAGGAACACAAUAGGCAGAUAAAUGAAUUGAGGGCUGCAGUUAAUUCACAUGCUGGAGAUGGCGAACUUCGUACCAUUAUUGAAAAUGUCACUGCACAUUUUGAUGACAUAUUUAGGUUGAAAGGCAUUGCAGCAAAAGCUGAUGUCUUCCACAUUCUUUCAGGAAUGUGGAAGACACCAGCAGAACGGUGUUUCAUGUGGAUUGGUGGCUUCCGCUCAUCUGAGCUCCUAAAGCUUCUUGUGAGUCAAUUGGAGCCCUUAACUGAGCAGCAGUUGAUGGGAAUCUGCAACUUGCAGCAAUCAUCCCAGCAAGCUGAAGAUGCUCUGUCACAGGGAAUGGAGGCAUUGCAGCAGUCUUUGGCUGAAACAUUGGCCAAUGGCUCACCUGGACCGUCAGGAGCAUCAGGGAAUGUGGCAAACUACAUGGGUCAAAUGGCUAUGGCCAUGGGAAAGCUAGGAACUCUAGAGGGGUUCCUUCGCCAGGCUGAUAAUCUGCGCCAACAAACACUACAACAAAUGCAUCGCAUAUUGACGACCCGACAAUCAGCUCGUGCGCUACUUGCAAUAAAUGAUUAUUUCUCUCGUCUUCGAGCUCUUAGUUCGCUUUGGCUUGCUAGGCCGCGUGAGUGAAAAGCAGUCUCCUUUUUUCAUAGUAAUUCUGAAGACUGACUCUCCCUGCGGAUGGAAUCCUCGUUAUGAUCCAGAGUCUUGGAGCAAAAACAUGAAUAUGAUAUGCAAUGGGUGGACCUCUGUUGUGCAGUAAGGUAAAUACUUCUUAUGGCUUCAGACAUGUUCACCUGGUAAUGUUGUAUUUCUUAGGUUUGAAAUCACGGUACCAAUAAUCUGAUUAUGUUAGUUAUUUAAUAGAACUGAAAGAGGAAAUUAGAAUAGUGUUGUAUUGUAGUAGGUUACAGUUGUCAAUUUGUAUACCAGAAAUCAAACUUAUUAUCAAGAUUCAAGAGUGAAUUGGUUGAACAUUUCCUUUGAGUGAAUGUGUAAAUAUCUUUUUCCCCUUGCAAAGUUGUUGACCUACUGUUUCAUAAGUUUGUUAUAAGAGUUAAAUUUCCAGUGUUA